AUGAAUCACAAGGUUGAAGAUCACUUGGCACUCAUCUCUCAGUUGUACCCCGGUGUCUACACUCAAAUAGUUCCACAACAAGGUGAAUCUAAACGACGACGAAGGCGAAAGAAGAACAAAGCAGAAGCUGAUAUUAUUGGGGCAAAGAAAAGGAAACUUAGUGAGGAGCAAGUUAAUCUCCUCGAAAUGAAUUUUGGUAAUGAACAUAAGUUGGAAUCUGAGAGAAAAGAUAAGCUCGCUUUAGAACUGGGACUUGAUCCUCGCCAAGUUGCCGUUUGGUUUCAAAACCGAAGGGCAAGGUGGAAGAACAAGAAGCUGGAGGAGGAGUACACAAAGUUGAAGACAGCACAUGAGAGCAUGGUAGUCGAAAAAUGCAAGCUUGAAUCCGAGGUUUUAAAGCUGAAGGGACAACUCUCUGAAGCAGAAAAGGAGAUCCAAAGGCUAUCAUCAGACCGUGUUGAUGGGGUUUCCACUAACAGUCCUAGUUCAUCCUUGUCAAUGGCCAGGGACCCUCCUUUUCUUGGAGAAUUUGCAAUGGAAGGAUAUGAAGAUGCUUUCUACAUACCACCAGAAAACAGUUAUAUUCCUGGCAUGGAAUGGAUUAAUCUGUAUGUGUAA